AUGGCCAAAAUUAGAAUCGGCAGGCAGCAGAACCACAGUCAUGGUCAUGGAAGUCAUGGUGAAGCAGAUGAAAACCAUAUCAUAAAUGGUAAAAAGACCCCAGAGAACUUAAUGCUGUUCAUGGCCUCAGUGCAGAAAAACAUGGGUCAUAUAUGUGGAGGAUUCCUCAUCAGUGAAGACUUUGUGGUCACUGCUGCGCACUGUGACCGCCAGAAUCCUACAAAUGUUGUUCUUGGCACCCUCAAUCUCAGGAAGGUUGACAAUGACACAAUGAGAUACAGGGUAAAAACAAGCAAGCAUCCAUCCUACACUAAACUAGCAUCUAUGAAUGACAUCAUGCUCCUCAAACUGUCUAAGAAAGCUCGACUGGGCAAAAGAGUCAGGCCAACUCAUCCAAGAGUCUGGGCAACUGACUCAACUUCCAAAUACUGUUUUACAACAACAAAGUUACAACAAACUUAAUGUACUCCAGUGUUUCAGUGUUUUCCUUCAAAUUUAAAACUGCAGGGUUUUAAGCCAGACAAUUGCAUUAGAAUGUUAAUUAAACCACUGUUUAUCUCCUCUUUGUAAUGUGAACGAAACUGACACAUCUUUUUUUUUAGUGCCAGAAGGAUCCUUUUGUUCAACUUCGUCAUAGCCUCCUAAGAUUGGGUAUCGACCGUUUUGGAGACAACCCCUGUUGUGCUGUAUGACUAGUUGGUAGAGCAAGGACUGUGUAUUCCUGUAGAUCAAAAGGGGUUCUGCGUCUGGGGUCGGCGCUUUUAUUCGACCAAAAGCAACGUAGAACAGUAAGGUACACCCUUCCUAAUUGGGUGACAAAGAAGUAACCAAAUGACCAAUGGCUAUGGUCCUGAGCCAUUUGGAGGAAAAAGACCCGCCCACAUACCUGGAGGAUAUUAACAAUUCAUUUUGUGAGA